GAGGACUGCUGUGGCUUUUGUGCUGCUGCUGACAGAUUUGGGACUUCCGGGUGCAGUUGGACUGUUCGUAGCACUUCGAUUUUACUGUACAAUGGGCUUGUAGUGAACCUGAUCGCUCGGUCUGCUUUUGGUUCAGAAAAUCUUCAUAUUUAGAGACAACCAGUGAAAGGAAUACCGUCGGAAAGUUGCUCAGUGUGCGCUGUUAGAGUGUAGCCAUGUCCGCUUCCUCGACAGGUUCCUCCCCGGUGGGCCACGGCUCGGGCCUGAGCAUUUUCCGCUGGCUGGAGGUUCUGGAGAAGGAGUUCGAUAAAGCGUUCGUGGAUGUGGACCUGCUGCUGGGAGAGAUCGACCCUGACCAGGUGGACAUCACGUACGAGGGACGGCAGAAGAUGACCACCCUCAGCUCCUGCUUCGCGCAGCUCUGCCACAAAACACAGACGGUUUUCCAGCUCAACCACAAACUGGAGGCCCAACUGGUGGACCUGCGCUCAGAGCUGACCGAGGCCAAAGCUGAGAAAGAGGCGCUGGAGCGAGAAGUGCAUGACCAGCUCCUGCAGCUCCACUCUCUCCAGUUACAACUGCACAAUAAACAGGGGGAGCCGGAGGAGCCUGAGACGCUGAAAGACACACUGGUGCAACAGACUGAGUCCCGGAAGAAGGAGCGAGUGAUGGAGGCCAAGCUGGAGGCUGAGAUGAGGUUGUUUAAAAAGGAGAAUGAGGCGCUGCGGAGACACAUCGCCGUGCUCCAGGCUGAAGUGUAUGGAGCAAGACUCGCAGCCAAGUACUUGGACAAGGAACUGGCUGGCAGAGUGCAGCAGAUCCAGUUAUUAGGCCGGGACAUGAAAGGCCCAGCUCAUGACAAACUGUGGAACCAGCUGGAGGCCGAGAUCCAUCUGCACCGACAUAAGACUGUGAUCCGAGCAUGUCGCGGGCGGAAUGAUCCCAACAAACCGCUGCCCUCUCCUGUGGGUCAUGAUCCAGACCUGUUAAAGAAAACACAAGGGGUGGGUCCUAUUCGAAAGGUGGUCCUGAUGAAGGAAGACCAUGAAGGCUUGGGCAUCUCCAUAACAGGCGGUAAAGAACAUGGGGUGCCUAUUCUAAUCUCAGAGAUCCAUCAGGGUCAGCCGGCAGACCGCUGCGGAGGCCUGCACGUGGGGGAUGCCAUUUUGGCCGUGAACAGCAUCAACCUGCGAGACGCCAAACACAAGGAGGCAGUCACCAUCCUCUCACAGCAGCGGGGGCAGAUUGAGUUUGAGGUGGUGUAUGUGGCUCCAGAGGUGGACAGUGAUGAUGAGAAUGUGGAGUAUGAGGAUGACAAUGGCCAUCGCUACAGACUCUACCUGGAUGAACUGGAGGAAGGAAACAGAGCACAGCAAGGCAACAGCGCUGCUUCACUGCAAGCUCUGGAAAAGAUGACUCUCAGGACUGAAGCUGAGAACGGUGACACAGAAAACAAGAGCCUCUCCAAGCCUUCAGAUACAGAAAGCUCAUCCUGGACCAGCCAAGCCAUCUCCCACUGAAGCCGCACUUUACUACUCUGCCUUCUGAUCACAGAAUCUUAUCACCUGAAACCGAACGAGGGACUGUGAGAGAAUAAAUGUAAAUCUGCUGAUUACAGUAUUUUCCUAGAGCUUGCAGGUCAUGGGCAUUAACAGUAAGUAUUGAUGAAUUGAAACAGUUGGUUUGAAACACUACACUUCACCUCGAUGGCAGAAUAUUUUGGCCUGUGAUUUUUAGGGUUGUCAGCGUAGUUUCAAUAAGCAGGGGGUCGAAGAAACUUGUGUUGGCUUGCUCCUGCACUGUUGUCAUAGUAACAAAAUAACUACCAAGCCUGAACUCCAUCCUCCGCCAUUUUGAUUUCUGAUUCAUAUCCAGGUAUUUGGUUGCAUUGAUCCUUCAUUAUUAAUAGGUUUGUUAUUAAUUUGUAGUAAUAUAAACUACUGAACAAUGCUUUUGAAUGGGAGUACUGAAAUAAUGAAAAAUGUAAUUGGUAAAACAAAUUGCCAAUGCUUAUAUUGUGAAUUAUAAUAUUGUAAUAUCAACCCUUAUUUAAUGAUUAUAAUAAGCAUUUGAGGUAAAAAGUAGCGGGGUUUCUAAUGUGCACUGAAGUCACAGUGAAACAAACAGGUGUGUGGCUCCUAGAGAAAGUUACUGCAGGUUGUGUACCUUCAGUUGUUUUGAAAGACUGUAGCAACCUAUAGAUUUAUGUUUUCAGAAGUUAUUUUAUUUUUAUGGGUUUAUAUAAAAUGAAUAAGAUCUGUUGAUGUGUUUUUUUUUUUUUAGUUUCUUCUCUUUUGUCUUAUUGUGAUAGAAUAGACUUUUUGUAAACUUUAUUUUUAUCCAAGAAUGUGUGAUACACGAAAACGUUCUUUUUCAUGUGACUUUUGACAUAUACCCCAGGCCUUUAUUAAAAUAUGUUUGUACAGUUUGUCUGAAAGUGUGCUGAACUGGAUUUGGUUCAGCCCUUGCCUCAUCUCCUGACACCUGCUCCUGCCCUGCUGCCUCUCACCCAGCACAUCUCAGCCCAAAGAAAGACUGAAUAAAUAUUGUCCCGUAUUUUCUUCCACUUAAUCUAAAUUGGCUGGGGGUUGAAUCUAAUCCUUGCUAUCCUUGCUAACCAUAACUGAGAUUAGAUUAAACCCUGGACAAUCACUGCAGGAAUGUAUGGUUAUUUUACACUUACAUGUUUUUCCAAUUCACUGGUAGCACAACAGGGUGUUGCAGAAAUGGUUCCCCGCAAAUACUUUGUCAAUUGUAUCAGUGUAUUUUCUUUUCCUCCCCCUAUCUUUGUACAUAAUGUAUCUUUUAAAAGUAUUAUUUUAUGUAAGUUAAACUGCCUUUGAAUAAAGAUUUGUUUCAAUUCCAAA